AUGACGCAAAUUUGGAAAAGUAGGGUUAACGCGUUCAAUCGAAUUUUUGAGAAUGUGCACAAAACGGGAGAAAUUGCUCCUGCUCAUUCUUCACUUUCAACUCCUAACAAUAACAUCAAUAAAAACAACUCUAAUUCCAGUGGCCACGAAGUUACUUCAAAAAAAAGGAGAAAAUACACUCCAAUUAUUGUAGGUUCCAAACAACCUUGGUCCUUCAAAUUAUCUGCAGCUCCUUUGCCUCCCAAAAAAAUUGUUUUUGGGGUAGGUAAAUUGAAAAGCUGCGUCAAAGAAGAGAUCCUUGAACAUCUGGAAACUAUUGGACUGACCGCUGCAGAAUGCGUACCAGUCUUUAAAUUCUCUCCCACUCGUCCUCAACCUUCAACCAGUGAUCCAUCAACAAAAUUCCGCAUAACUAUUUUUAAACAUCAGGAAAUGAUUUUUACCAAUCCUGAAAAUUGGCCUAUCGGCGUGGAAAUUCACCCCUGGUUAUUUCAUGCUCGACCACAGCAUUUGAUAAAACCCACUACAACUUCACUACCAAAUCAUUAUCCUGUCGACCUACCAAAUGUUAAUACACCAUCGCUGGUCAACUCACAUCAGCAUGUAGAAAACACAGUUGAGGUAGCUUCCAUUUUAACUUCUUCAGAAGAAUCCACUCAGCCAAUCGAGCCAGUCACGAUGGGCCCUUCUCAGCUGGUCGAACCACAUAAACAACAACAAGCCUCAUCGAUGAUGAGUCCUCCCUCCGAUGUCAAUUCUGCGACAUCAAUAAAUCACGACAAUGGCUGUUAA